AUGCUGAUUAAAGAAUACCGUGUGACCCUACCCCUAACCGUAGAAGAGUACCAAGUGGCUCAACUAUUCAGCGUAGCAGAGGCUUCCAAAGACAACACUGGCGGCGGAGAGGGGAUAGAAGUAUUGAAAAAUGAACCCUUCACGAAUUUUCCCUUACUCGGGGGUAAAUACACUAGCGGACAGUACACUUACAAAAUUUACCAUUUGGCCAGCAAAGUACCGGCGUUCAUAAGGCUCCUGGCACCGAAGGGUAGUUUGGAGAUACACGAAGAGGCUUGGAAUGCUUAUCCCUAUUGUAGGACAGUCAUUACGAAUCCAGGCUAUAUGAAAGACAAAUUCAAAUUAAUUAUAGAAACUUUACACGUAGGAGACAAAGGUAAUCAAGAAAAUGUUCAUGACUUACCGGGUGACAAAUUGAAACAAAGAGAAGUGGUACACAUCGACAUCGCUAAUGAUGCUGUAUCGUCUGGAGAUUACAAAGAUGACGAAGAUCCUACUAAGUUCAAGUCUCAAAAGACAGGCAGAGGACCUCUGGUCGGUCCUGAUUGGAAGGACAAAGUCAAUCCUGUGAUGACGUGUUAUAAAUUAGUAACUGUAGAAUUCAAAUGGUUUGGUUUACAGACGAGGAUAGAAAGUUUUAUACAAAAAUCUGAAAGGCGGCUAUUUACAAAUUUCCAUAGACAAGUUUUCUGUUGGAUGGACCGCUGGCACGGUCUGACGAUGGAAGACAUUCGUGCAAUAGAAGAUAAAACAAAAGAAGAACUAGAAGCUCUCCGUCAAAAAGGUGAAGUACGCGGUAUGAAGGCCGAUACCGAAUAA